AUUAUCUCAAUGCCAGUGGCACAGUAACACAGUGAUUAUCUACGAGCGGGAGUGUGACCACGUAGCAUGUAGAAUUUAACCUAAAAUUAUGAAGUGUUAUAAAAAUCGAUGAUAGCGAAAGUAAAAAUGAGAUUUACAAUGAAUUCGCCGGCGACUACGCUCCAGCUGGUGUCCUUUUUGGUCUGCACUUAUACGUGAAAGAGUUUCAAGGAUGCAACAGCCAUGACCACGACAAAUAACAUCACUGCUGAAAAUAUCAGCCUGGACAGCCCAGGAAGACCAAGAGCUAUUUAUGAAGCAUAUAAGGAAAAGACAUGAUAUGCAUUGGCUUAUUAAUGCCGCAGCUUGGAAGUCAAGCUAUUAAGCUUGGAGCCUCACAAGUAUUUAUAGGAACAAUGGGGGCACUGUACUCUGGAUUCCAACUGAUUUCAGAACCAAUGAUAGGCAGCUUGAGCGACUUAAAAGGUAGAAAGCCUAUACUGCUACUAAGUUUAGUACUUUGUGGGUCCGCAUACUUGGCACUGGGAUUGACGACAUCUAUAAUUAUGUUCUUCGUCAUACGAUGUGUUUUGGGUUUGAUGAAACAAACGCAACUGUUGAUAAAAGCCUUAGCACCUGAUUACGAGAAAGAACCUGACCAACAAGCUGUGGUCUUCGGAAGACUAGCCACUCUCUCAGGAAUCAGUUUCGCCAUAGGACCCGUGCUAGGGGGACAUAUCAUGGAAGCAUUCCCAGAAGCUGGUUUCACUAUAAUAACUGUUAUUAUAUGGGUUAUCUAUUCAACCAAUGCAGGUUUAAUAAAAAGCUUGCCAGAAAUAAAGAAAAGUAAAGAAAACAAAAGAAACGGAACUAUUGACAGUGUAUCACCAAAACUAAUUGAAUCAUUGACAGACAGCGUCAAACAGUCUAUAGAUCAAUUCUACAAAGUAGACUGGACCGUGUAUUGGGACGUCUUCAUAUUCAAGUUGACCAUAUCUUUCUGCAUGGGAAUGUACUUUAGCAACUAUGCUAUCUUUCUAAAAACAAAACACGAGGCACCACCUAUGUAUUUAGGUUACAUUGUAUCACUCCAGGGUGUGAUUGGUGCUAUUGGCUCUUAUUUCAUUGGACACAUCAAUAAAUUGUACGCGGACGAUGUAGAUUAUUCGCAAAGGGUCUGUCACAUAUUUUUAGCACUAACUGUAUCGUUACUCGGUAUGGCAGUUGCUCCAUCUAUUUACGUAUACGUUUUGUUUGUAAUACCAUUUGCGCUGUCCAGCGCUGUAAGUAGGAUAGUAGGUCUAGAAAUAAUUAUGAGUAAAGGUGAUAGUGAACGCAGAGGCUCUGUUAUUGGCGCCAUGGGCACACUAAGGUCUUUAUCUGGAGUGGUAACUCCAUUAUUAGCAGGUUUUAUAGGCCAGUAUUUAGGAAUCACUUAUACACUUUUAAUAGCAGCCUUUAUUACCUCUAUCGGUGUGGUAAAUAGUUACAAAUUCAAAUCUCAAAAUGUAUCUGUAAGGCCAAAGGAAGAUUAGAAAAUAUAUUAUUCCACUUAUUUAUUAA